AUGGUGGUCAUAGCUGCACAUGGCAGUAAGCAGAACCCUUGUGUCAUGUCAGGCCAACUCAAGUGGCCCCAUGGCAGGUUUGUGCUGACUCAGGUGUCAGAGUUCGUGUGCCUGGGCUUUCACCACGGUCAGCCCUUCCUUUUUGCUUUUUUCCUGGCUAUUUACCUGGCCACGCUGCUGGGAAACUCUGCAAUCCUCACCCUCGUGUUCCUGGAUCCCCAUCUCCACAGCCCCAGGUACUUCUUCCUCAGUCACCUGUCCUGCUUGGACAUUUGCUGCUCCUCAGUGACAAUGCCCAAGAUUCUGGCAAAUGCCCUGCAUCAGCAGGCAACCAUCUCCUGCCAUGGGUGCCUGGCAGAGAUGUUCUUCCUGAUGGGGUGCGUGGGGUCCAAGUGCACACUCCUGGCUGUCAUGGCCUAUGACCGCUACGCAGCCAUGUGCCAGCCCUUGUGCUAUGCACAGGCCAUGAACCGUGGAGCCUGCAUGGCCGCUGCAGCUUGCUGCUGGCUCUGGGGGCUGCUGGACUCUGCCGUGCCCACCCUCCUGGCCUCCAGGCUCUCCUUCUGGUGGCUCCAGCACAUCUGUGAUGUCCCCUUGCUGCUGAGGGCUGCCUGCAGCAACACCUGCCCCGGCAAAGUGGCAGUCCAUGCUGCCAGUGUCUCUGUGGGGCUCAGCCCCUUCCUGUUUGUCGUUGUCUCCUACCUCCGCAUCCUCACCACCAUCCUUGGGAUGCCCAUGGCCAUCAGCCGCUGCAAGGUCUUCUCCACAUCCUCUGCCCACCUGUUUGUGGUCGCCGGGUACUUUGUGACAGCCAACCUGAACUACAACUGGCCCAGCUCCGGCUACUCCCUGGCAGCCGACACACUGGUCUCUGCACUGUACUGCAUCAUCACCCCCAUGCUGAGCCCUCUCAUCUACAGCUUCGACAACCAGGAGGUGUGGGGGGCCCUGCGGAAAGCUGUGUGGGGUUGGGGCACACUGGGCUCCCCUGGCAGCAAUGCAUAAGCAGUACCAGGGCUGCCACAGGGUGCUGAUGUGGCACCAGUGCCCGUCUAGGGGAAAUCUUUGAUUUCAGGGCCCCUUGCGCAGACCAUGGCUGCCUGUGGCACU